CACCCCCACCCCGGCUUUGCUUUUCUAUGGAAGCUGAGCAUUCUGGAGAGUAGCGAUUCAGAAGCGCAGCUGUCCCCGUAGCUGGAACAUGGAAGCUUCUGCAGUGGACAAAUUCCAAAAAGAAGGCCUUGUAUCACAGGAAAGUCACAUAGCUUCAGCUGGAAGGACCUACAACAGUAUGCCCUUCCAGAAUGUGGCUGAGGAACAUGGGCAGGUGUGGAUCAGAAGAAAUGUAAGAGGGGUGUCACAGCCUGCAUUGGAGGACAGUUACAUGUGCCAAGACGUAGAAGAAAAUUUUGGAAAUUCAGGGGGAAUGAAGGAAAAAAGAAACCUAAUUGGUGGAAGAAAGGAAUCUUUUGCUAAUUUGGACAUUGGUUUCCAUGAAAUUUCAGUCCGCCCAAAUAUUCCGAAAGAAGAUAAAAACCAGAAAGUUGGGAUGAAACCUCAGAUACGAACAUGCACAGAAAGUUGGGAUGAAACCUCAGAUACGAACAUGCACUGGAAAACCCACCCAGGAGAGAAGACGUUUAAAUGUCUCGAAUGUGCGAAGAGAUUUAACAGGAGCUCCGAACUGAUUAAGCAUAAAAGAGUUCACACUGGAGAGAAACCCUACGAAUGCCCCGAGUGUGGAAAGAGCUUCAGUCAAAGCAGAAACCUUACUUCCCAUCAAAGGACCCACACAGGAGAGAAACCUUACAAAUGUGUGGAGUGUGGAAAGUGUUUCGGUAACAGCGGCGUUCUCGCUUCCCAUCACAGAAGCCACACCGGAGAGAAACCCUAUAAAUGUGUAGAGUGCGGCAAGUGCUUCAGUCAAAGUGGCAUUCUCACGGCACACCAAGCGAUGCACGCUGGGCAGAAGCCCUUCCCGUGCCUGGAGUGCGGGAAGAGGUUUCGCCAGCUGAUACACCUCACCUCUCACAAGAGGAUUCACACGGGAGAGAAACCGUUCCAGUGCCUAGAGUGCGGGAAGAGUUUCCGCCAGCACAUACACCUGACUUCUCAUAAAAGAACCCACACGGGAGAGAAGCCGUUUCAGUGCCGAGAGUGCGGGAAGAGUUUCAGCCAGAGUUCGCACCUGAUUCGGCACGAAAGGACCCACACGGGAGAGAAACCGUUUAAAUGCCUCUUGUGCGAAAAGAACUUCAGCCACAGCUCCGAACUGGUUCGACACGAAAGAACUCACACAGGGGAGAAGCCGUUUAAAUGUCCGGAAUGCGAGAAGAGUUUUAGCCGCAGUUCCGAACUUAUUCGACAUAAAAGAAUCCACACUGGGGAGAAGCCCUACAAAUGCCUGGAGUGUCACAAGAGCUUCAUCGACAGCACCAACCUUCUUAGGCAUCAGAUAAGCCACACGGGGGAGAAACCCUACAAAUGCCCGGAAUGCGGGAAAUGCUUCAGUCAGAGCAGAAGCCUGAUGGCGCAUCGGCGGAUUCACACCGGCGAGAAGCCCUUUAAGUGCCAGGAGUGUGGGAAAUGCUUUAGCCAGAGCGGGAUCCUCACGGCACAUCAAGGCAUGCAUACGGGACAGAAACCCUUUAAGUGCCUGGAGUGCGGAAAGAGGUUCCGUCAGCACAUCCACCUCACCUCCCACCGAAGAAUCCACACGGGCGAGAAGCCAUUUAAAUGCCCAGAGUGCGGAAGGAGCUUCCGUCAGCACAUCCACCUCACCUCCCACAAAAGGAUUCACACCGGGGAGAAACCUUUCAAAUGCCAGGAGUGCGGCAAAAGUUUUAGUCACAACUCCAUCCUUAUUUCUCACGUGAGAACCCACACCGGAGACAAGCCUUUCACGUGCACGGAGUGUGGAAAGAGCUUCACCUGGAGCACCCUCCUGAUUAGACACGAACGGACCCACACAGGGGAGAAACCUUUUAAGUGCCCCCAGUGUGGCAAAGGCUUUAGCGAGAGCUCGCUUCUUAAUAAGCACCAGAGGCGUCACGCUGGGGAAAAACCAUUCAGAUGUCUGGAGUGCGGGAAGCACUUUUUUUCUAGUACGCUACUUAUUCGACACCAGAGGAUUCACGCGGGGGAGAAACCGCUGAAUAUUUGGAGGGUGGAAAAUGGAUCAGAAACGGUUUGAGGCAAAAGAAUUUUGAAGAGGAGAAAAUUCUUAGCCAUUUGCAAUAGUGGCGAGUAUCUGUAGGAUGAGGGUGAAGGUUCGUUCUCCAAGCUUGUGGGUUGGUUUCCGAACGUUUCAUUACCAGGCUAGGUAACAUCUUUGUUGUUUAAAAAUAUAAAUUAUUGCAGCCUUUUUCUAAUUUUGUUCUUGUGAUAACACAGGAGCAUAAACAUCUGAAGAACUGUGGUUUAAUAUACAAUAUGAAACAACAACAUUCAGGGAGCAUACAGAAUACAAGAUAGUCAGUUAUAUUCAAACGGUUGAAGUGAGCUAAAGAUUCCAACUGCCAUUUCCCUCAGACAGUCUCUUAAAGGGAUACUACCCCAGAAUACUCUGCUGACUCAUUCUCUAUAUAUAUCACUUCUGCCAGUCAGCUACUAAAUCAUAAUGACCUUGACAAUCUUCUUUAGUGGACUUUAGAGGAUGCCAGUAUUCUCCAGUGUUCACAAGACCCUCACUUGACACACCCACACCUGAAGCCCUUAUAAGCGGAAAAACACUGACACCAACAUCUCCUAAAGAUCUUACCUAGCCUGGUAAUGAAACGUUCAGAAAACAACUCACAAGCUUGGAGAAUGAACUUUCAAUCUCCAGUAUUUAUAUGCCGUGGUGGCAUUCAGCAGCAUUUAGGGGAUGUCAGUGUCAAAUGAGGGUCUUGUGAUGGGUCAGGUGUGAGUCAUCAGUGAGAGGCUUGUGAUGGGUCUUGUGAUGGGAGAUUAUAUCAGGUUAGGAUCAUUCGGAGGAGAACUGCUAGUGGGGAGGGGCUUGUGUGACCCAUCACAAGACGACCCUCACUCGGCACUCCCACACCUGAAGCCCUUAUAAACAGUAGAGCGCUGACACAGAUGUCCCCUAAACACCACUGAGGAUGUUAUCUAGCCUGGUAACGAAAUGUUCGGAAAACAACCCACAAGCUCGGAGAACGAAUCUUCACCCUCAUUCUUGCCGUGAUCAGAAUGGGACAAAAGGUGGUCAUGUCCUAAAUCCAGCAAUUAUUUACCAGAAAUUUGCAGAGCAAGGAACCAUAUUUUUCAUGGAAUAAGAGUUUUUGUCUCAGCCCUGUAUCAGUUCUCAUCAGGAAAUUCCAAGAGGCAAUGUGAAGCAGAAGUGCACAAAAGAAGGCAGGGUAGCAAUAUAUUUCUAGGAAACGAAAACUAUCAUGAAUCUGUUGUCUAGGUCAGUGAUGGCAAACCUUUUAGAGACCCAGGGCCCAAACUACAAUCCAAAAUCCACUUAUUUAUCACCGGGUGCUGGGUGGGCGUGGCCACAAUGGUAAUGGGAGACUGGGUAGGCGGGGCCAGGGUGGCAGGGGCCAGUCCCUUAUCUCUGGGACACGGCACACGUGCCCACAGAGAGAGCUCUGAGUGCCGCCUCUGGCACGCGUACCAUAGGUUCGCCACCACUGGUCUAGGUGCUCUUGGCUUCCUUUGAAGAGUUACAUUGAAGAAACUCACUAAUUUAACUCCUAUGGUUUAAAAAUGUUUCUUGGUCACUUCAGCUAAGAUUCUCUAGGUCAGGGGUCCCCAAACCCCAGUCCGUGGACCAGUACCAGGCUGCAGCAUGCCAGCAAUGGGCUGCACAAACAAGC